AUCCUCCCAUCUGUUGCGUCUCAGAAACCCUAAUUCAAUUGAGACAAACUCAAAAGCUCGAACUUUGUGAGAUUUUCAAGUAACUUGCUUUCUUUUUCUCUUAGAAUUUUUUCGAAUUUCUUAAUUUUUAUGAUUGUCUGCGUAAAUUUUCAGGGUGAUGCCCCAAGGGCACCAACAUUGAGCAAGGAAGUCCAGUCCAUUACAGUGUUUGGUGCCAACAUACUCAAGGAUGGAGCAGAUACAAAAAUCUUGCUAGAUUCUGAAUACUCUAACUGGCUGUGGCAUCUGCUUGAUAAACGCUUUGCAACUUGCAUUGAGUGAACUACGAAGGAAGAACAUUGAAACCCUCCCUUAUGAAGAUCUGAAAUUUUUUGUGAGGCUGGAUAACCGAGCCAGGAUUAAGAAAGCAUUCCAUUAAGGCCAAAAGCUGAUUUAGAAAUUAUCAGUAUGUAAGAGGCAUUAUUUCUUUGCCAAGCCAAUUAUGCACUUUCCUCCUGGGAUACCUUUGAACUGAGAAAUGAUGGAAUUGAAAACCAGAGACUUGGGAUACAGCUUUGAGCUUGUCUCUGUAGCUCCAAACUCACUUUUUCUCAUCUAUCAUGGGAAAAUUCUUUUCAUUCAUUAUUCUGCUGUCCCUUCUGUCUUUCAUUCUUGAACUUUAGUUGCUGUUUAUUAUAAGACAUAAUGUGAAAUGAUGAUAAAGUUGAUUCUUGUUGUUUCACUGUUGCAGAACACCGGUAUUAUUUUUCUCCAUCACAAUAAUGCUAUGGCCAAAAGAAUGAAAAGGAGAUAAAGAUUACAAUAAAAAUAAAUUUUUAUUUUUCUUUCUGGGUUCUACACCUGUAUUUUCGAGUUUUGUCAAAGCGGCAUCAGACUUUGUGGAUUUAAUUCUUGGUUCUGAGUGUUAAAAAAAAAAAAUUCUUGGUUCUGAAGGCGACUUCUUGUUGGAUGAAAAUGGUAUUUAAUAUGCUAAAGAAAAUAAUGUUGCAUAU